CCCACGCCCUAUUUAGCCCCGUCAUCAGACUUCUAUAAUCUUGAGCACGCUAUACAUACACGAUACACAAAAACAGAAAAAAGAUCAGGACGACCCCGACGCGCCACCACCUGCUCCUCCCGGCGGCUGCCUGCUCGACUCGAUUCCCCAACCGCAGCAGGGUCAACGACAGAACCUAUCGCGCGAUGGGCUUGGGACUGAGAUUGCCGUUCUUCCUACUCCUCUUGCUGCUGGUCAGCCUGGGAGCCGCACAAGGCCGGAGCACAGUUUUUCUUGAUAUCCAGGAGGAGGCUCGAGGCUCUGGUCAAAUCAUCAAGGAUCAACUAACUUUGAGCAAAAUUCCCGUGCGUGUUGAGAGGGGCAGCCCACUAUGCCCAGCUUGUGAGAAGUUUACAGAGGAAGCUCUUAGCUAUCUUAGUCAGAAACAAUCACAAGAUAAGAUGAUGGAGGUCCUUCAUGAAGCUUGUUCUCAGACAUUCUCGUUGGAAAAGAAGUGUGUUGAGUUUGUGGACUCCUAUGCAACUCUCUUAUUUGCCAAGAUCGCUGAGAUCAAGCCAGAAGAGUUCUGCAAACGAAAUGGCCUCUGCAGGGACAAUGCUCUUCUGUCUGGUGUGAGAAGUGAGAGCACAUGCGUGUUUUGCCACCACCUCAUGGAUGAAGUUUUGUCCAAACUGAAGGAUCCUGAUGCUGAGUUUGAGAUAAUUCAAAUUCUCCUCAAGGAGUGCAAGAAGAUCGAAGGUCAUGAACAGCAGUGCAAACGACUGGUCCUGCAAUACAUCCCUCUCAUCCUGGUGAACGGAGAGAAGUUCCUCGAGAAGAACGAUAUAUGUACCAUUGUCCAAGCGUGCGAUGCUGGCAAAAAGACAAUGGUCGGGCCAUUCUCCGAGGAGGGUUUGUUGCGUGAUGCAUGAAGGUAGAAAGACCACACCAGGCUGCGUAAACCCAGACGAAACAUUAUGCACUAGUUCUUCCUUGUUGUACAUAGGUGUCCAAAAAUUCGUCUGGCUUUUGCCUUGUACUGCUGCUCCUGCAUUCUGUGGAUGCUUUGUAUUAUAAAGGGAGCGGCAUGACAAACAGUUUAUUAUGUCAACUUGAAGCCGUGUUGUACUUAUUACUUCGUCAGUGUUUAAUUUGUAAUGACAUUUGAACAACUGUAGAUACUAAAUCGAGUUUCAGUCUGUCUGCUAAUAAGGGGGCUCUAGUCUCGUCA